UACUGUAAUGCAUAGCUAUACUAAUUGAAGAAAGAUAAAUGCUAUUCGUUGCAGGUUCCGGGUAUAUGCUGUGAGCAUGCCAAUUAAACAUUGGAUCAUUCAUGUUCCCGUGCCUGGGCAGGAUCUCUGAGGCUAGCCAGUUAGCUAGCUAACGUUUUAUUCCAAAUAUUCUCGCCUUUUUAAACGGGAGGAGAAUGGCUUUGGCCUAGCUAUCACACAUUGACAGGGUGUUAACGAAGUUACCCCUCUGGGCAAAAUAGAAUAUUAGAAAUGUAGUGGGGUCAUUUCGAACGACACAAAAGCUCUGAAUUCGUCGGCCCUGGUGGCAAACCCGCUUGAACAAGAGACAGACCGAGGCUGCGUAGAUGAAGGAACAUAUUGUUCGGCCUACGAAGAAUUUGUAAUUUCUGGCAAAAUUGUCAGACUCUACAAAUAACUUUCAGUGUAACGUUAAAGGUAUGUUACCAGUAAUACUGUCCUCAAUAUGUCACAAGUGUCCUGCUUCUGUUGAUCAGUUAGCUAACAACGUCAAUAGCCAAAUAUUUUCUUAGCCCAGCAUUAGCAAAUGCUAACUAGCUACCUCGCCAUACAGAUUUCUGCUGCUGCAAUCUGAGACUGUCGCCCGCCACUGUAAAAAUGAUGGGCCGUAUACUUUUCUCCCUUUUGUGGCAAAUGGCGUAGUUAGCUAGGUAAAUCGAGUUUUUUUCUACGGUUAGCAUUAGUGCGCGAACACCGACCAAUGGAUGCGUAUUGAUUGUGUUCACGCUGUGGAUUAUUUGGAUAUGCAUACAACCAAUACUGUAAUCAUGGGGGGAUGGGGGUGAAGGAUUUCUUCAAAUGGGAUGGCAGAGAAACGGAUGGGUCAAAUACUCGUCACCGAAAGCCUGCCAACACAGACAGAUCGUUGAUCACCCCAAACCAAUAUGAUUGACACAUUCUGAAAGGGGUAGUGGCGUUCUGCUGACCCGAUAGAAUGUUGUUGAAAAAAUAGCCUGGACUCAGACGUACCAGUUUAGAUAUUGUCUGCCUCUCUGUAAUACGUCUAAAAUGAGGGCACUUGUUUGGAUAUGGAUAUAUUUCAGUGUGUUUGUAGUGAUGGAUCAUUAGACAGGUAAGUAGGACUGAAGUAGCCUAUCCUUCUAGAGCUUUAAUCUGAUGGAUGGAUAGGGUUAUUUCCAUGUAAAACCCAUGAGCACCACCAACGUGAAGUUUAUAGGAACGUAUCACAUUUGGUGUCAAACGAAAGCUAAGAGUAUGUUUUGGGGAAAUGAAGGCAUAGAUACGUUUUUUUAAACAAUUUUCCAUCCUAAAAAUGUAGUUAGGAAUAAGCAAAGGCUUUGAUUUCUGGUCACACAGAUGGAAAAGGGGUCUUAAAAAACAUCUACUAGAAAAAGUAUUAAAAGAUAUUAGAAAUACAUAAAAACACAGUAAUGUUGAAGUAAAGGCCCCUGCCAACUAAUAUUAACAGUUAUUAACAUGUAUAUUUAGUUUGACACAAAUUAUUUGCCUUAAGAAAUAUUGCCUAGUGUCUAUUCAUUCUGUUACCAAAAACCAACAUAUCUUUAAGAUAUUUUCUGAUUUCUCUCCCAUAUGAGGAGGGAGGAUUAUGAAAGUUCACAGAGGUAACAAUUAAAGGUAGACCUACCAAUUAGUUAGUGUUUUUACUGAUAACAAUUUUGUUUAUGAAUUAAGUGAUUAAAACGUGUCUCUCUGUGGUAGGUCUGGACCAACCAAAUUUGGUCAUGGUUCGGGGCAGAGCUCAUUAGAAUAAUGUAUAGAAUAAUACCCAAACAUGCAAAGGAGGAUAUUAAAUGUUUCUACCUUUGUGUACCUAUUCAGGAUACAUCACCAUGAAGAGAAUCACAUUCAUAGUUAUGCAUUUCUGUAUAGUACAGAUCAAUAAUAAUAAUAUGCCAUUUAGCAGACGCUUUUAUCCAAAGCGACUUACAGUCAUGCGUGCAUACAUUUUUGUGUAUGGGUGGUCCCGGGGAUCGAACCCACUACCUUGGCGUUACAAGCGCCGUGCUCUACCAGCUGAGCUAAGGACCCAUGAUGUCAUUCUGUUACCGGGUGUUGAUCCAUUUCAUUUAGUGUAGUUCAAUAAACAAUAUAUAUAUAUAUAUUUUCACUCAAGGUGUCAUAUCAUAGCUGACAACUCAUUAUUUCUGCAGACAUCUUUGAAUCUUAAUUUGGAGUAGAUAUUGAAGAGUUUUUGGAAAACGUGGUCACAUAAAAAAACUGAGGGAGAUUUUACUGUUAUUCUGUUACCAAACUUUCCAUCUGCAUUGUUCCUCAAGUGUGUUUUAGUAACCUUUUCAGUGGCAAUUGUUAAAAGUAGACUUCUGCAUAUAGUAUGGUUUGUUAAACUUUGCAAUCAAUGUUUUUUGCUUGGCAUACAUUUUAAAGUGAAAAAGUGAGUCUCAGCCUCACUCUGUUACUGUGGAAUUGCCCAUAUAGGAGUAGCAGUGUUGCUUCCUCUGAAGUCUAUGCUUUUGGGCUCUGAAAUUUUAUUCUGUCUCAGGGGAAGUCUCUGUGAAACUGAGAUUUUGCACAUCUUCUAGGAAGCCAUACCACACACUGUAGUAAUGAAUAGUUGAAUAAUAAUCGUUUCCUUUUCUUGCAGUUAUCAGAAGAGGACUGAAGACGCGUGGAGACGGUGUAUUUUAUUUGUUCUAAAUGUGUCUUUGCAGCAGGUGUUAUUCCUCUGCAUAUUAUUUUCAGACACAAUCUAUUGCAUCCUAAAAACAAGCCCUUUUUAUAUUUUCUAAGUGCUUAUGUUUGCCACUGACAUGACAGACUAAGUUACUCAGAUUUUCCACCCCAUCCACCUAUUAACGUACCUUUUGAUUUUUCUUCAUAAAAAGACCCACUACAAUAUAAAACUGAAUCCCUACACGAGAGCCAGGAUGACCGAGGCGUGGCAGCAGCACGCUGUUGCUCCCCCUCCGGUGGUGCACACCAUACCACCAGGGGCGGAGAACGCGUUGGGCUGUGCCGUCUACGGUAUCGUCCUGCAGCCUGACCCUGCUCUGCAGCAGUCGCAGCAGCAGCACCAGCAUGGCCAGCAGCACAGCCAGCAGCAUGGGCAGCAGCAGCAGCACCCUGCCCAGGUACAGCAGCCUUCUCUGCAGGUAGGGGGCGAGGGCGGCCACAAGUGUGGGGCAUGCGGCCACGACAUCUCCCACCUGGCCAACCCACAUGAGCACCAGUGUAUGGUGAGCCAGGACCGCUCUUUCCAGUGCACCCAGUGCAUGAAGAUCUUCCACCAGGCCACAGAUCUGCUGGAGCACCAGUGUGUGCAGGUGGAGCAGAAGCCCUUUGUGUGUGGUGUGUGUAAGAUGGGCUUCUCCCUGCUCACCUCGCUGGCACAGCACCACACCUCACACAACAGCACCAACCCCAUGAAAUGCUCUAUUUGUGAGAAGACCUACCGACCGGGCUCCUCUGGGAACACCACCCCUAGCUCCUCUGCUACCAACCCUCAGCAGCCAUCUGCUGAUGGAGCCUCCUCCAGUGGGAGUGCGACAGUGGGAUCCUCUUCCUCAAUUACAUUUCCAUCGGCCCGUGACAGGCCCUACAAGUGUUCUGUCUGCCAGAAGGGCUUCAGGCACCUUUCAGAGCUGGCUCGCCACGAGCGUGUGCACACCGGAGAGAAGCCCUUCAAGUGUGACACAUGUGACAAGAGCUUCAGCCAGUCCUCUCACCUGGCCCAUCACCAGCGCACCCACAGCUCUGAGCGCCCUUACAAGUGUGCUGUGUGUGACAAGAGCUUCAAGCACCGCUCCCACCUGGUGCGCCAUAUGUACGCCCAUUCCGGAGAGCACCUCUUCAAGUGCAACCUGUGUGAACUGCACUUCAAGGAGUCUUCUGAGCUGCUGCAUCAUCCAUGCCACCCACAAGGCGCACGCCCCUUCCGCUGUGCCACCUGUGGAAAAGGCUUCAAGCGUCCGUCAGACCUGCGGCAGCAUGAGCGCACUCACUCUGAGGAGCGUCCCUUCCACUGUGAGGAGUGCCAGAUGAGUUUCAAACAGCAGUAUGCCCUAGUGCGCCAUAGGCGCACACACAAAAACCCUUCUGACCGCCCCUUCAAGUGCAACCUUUGCGACAAAGGCUUCCUGCAGCCAUCCCAUCUGCUGUACCACCAGCACGUCCAUGGCAUGGAGAACCUGUUCAAGUGCGCGUCCUGCCAGAAGGAAUUCAGUCAGUCAGGAGAGCUGCUGCGCCACAAGUGCGGUGAAUCGUCCUCUUCAUCUAGGGACACAGACAAGCCCUACAAAUGUGACGUAUGCGGCAAGGGAUACAAGAAGAGUUCGACACUGCAGCGACAUCAGAACUCACACUGUCAAGAGAAGCCCCUGAAGUGCUCCCUUUGUGACCGCCGCUUCCUGUCAUCCUCAGAGUUUGUGCAGCACCGCUGCGACCCGUCCCGAGAGAAGCCCCUCAAGUGCCCCGACUGCGAGAAGCGCUUCAAGUACUCUUCUGAUCUGAAUCGGCACAGGCGAGUCCACACCGGGGAAAAGCCUUACAAGUGUGCAAGCUGUGAUAAAGGCUUCAAGCAACGGGAGCACCUGGCCAAGCAUCAGAGUGUGCAUUCCAGAGAUGCCCAGUUCAAGUGUGUUUGGUGUGGAGAGCGCUUUGGAGACCUGGGAGCUUUGCAGGAGCACACAGUCCAGCACACAGCUGAAGGAGGGGGUUACCCUGUGCCACCUUGCAUAUAGUUAUGCCCCUCCAUUCUGUACAAGUUCAUAGCAAACGUCCCUGUCUACCAUUAAUUUGCAGCACCCAGCUUAACACACUUGAACUGGGCAUCUCUGGAGUGCACACUCUGGUGCUUUCCAGAGAUGCCCAGUUCAAAUGCUUUGGAGACCUGGGAGCUUUGCAGGAGCACACAGUCCAGCACAUAUCUGAAGGAGUGGGUUACCCUAUUGUAGGUUACUCUGUGCCACCUUGCAUAUAG